AUGAAAUAUCUCACAAUCGCUACAUCUGCCGCAUUGGUAUCUAGUGCCUUGGCGGCUACUGUUCCUUCAGCACCAUGGUCGACAUUGACACCAACAGGAAAAAUUCCUUCCAGUGCUACUACGGAUUAUGCACCUAAAUUUGGUAUUCAAAUUGUUACGGUUGAAGCUGCUGCUAACCUUUCAACUGAAACUGCAGCAAAUAUAACAAAGGAAUUGGAAACUGCUUUACCUGUACGUAAUAAAGCGGUUGUCAACACAUUAUCUGAUGGUCAACCAAACGUGGUGACAACAACAACUUACCGAAGUGUUCUGAGUAAGUCAUCAGUUGCACCAGUAGCUCAAAUUACAGAUGGUCAGAUUCAGCAUCAGACUACUGCUGCUGCUGUUUCUGUGAUUAACCAGAUAACAGACGGCCAAAUCCAGCAUCAGACCACUGCCGCUCCUGUUUCAGUUGUUAACCAAAUUGGUGAUGGUCAAAUCCAACACCAGACUACUGCCGCUGCUGUUUCAGUUGUUAACCAAAUUGGUGAUGGCCAAAUUCAACACCAGACUACUGCCGCUGCUGUUUCAGUUGUUAACCAAAUUGGUGAUGGUCAAAUUCAACACCAGACUACUGCCGCUCCUGUUUCAGUUGUUAACCAAAUUGGUGAUGGUCAAAUCCAACACCAGACUACUGCCGCUGCUGUUUCAGUUGUUAACCAAAUUGGUGAUGGCCAAAUUCAACACCAGACUACUGCCGCUGCUGUUUCAGUUGUUAACCAAAUUGGUGAUGGUCAAAUUCAACACCAGACUACUGCCGCUCCUGUUUCAGUUGUUAACCAAAUUGGUGAUGGUCAAAUCCAACACCAGACUACUGCCGCUGCUGUUUCAGUUGUUAACCAAAUUGGUGAUGGCCAAAUUCAACACCAGACUACUGCCGCUGCUGUUUCAGUUGUUAACCAAAUUGGUGAUGGUCAAAUUCAACACCAGACUACUGCCGCUCCUGUUUCAGUUGUUAACCAAAUUGGUGAUGGUCAAAUCCAACACCAAACCACUGCCGCUCCUGCUUCAGUUGUUAACCAAAUUGGUGAUGGUCAAAUCCAACACCAAACCACUGCAACCCCAUCAACUGUUGCUGCUAUUGCCCAAAUCUCAGAUGGUCAAAUUCAACAUCAAAGCUCAAAGGUUGCUCCAUCUCACGUUACCGCUGCUGCUCAGCUUUCUGAUGGUCAAGUCCAACACGAAAAUGCAACUGUUGCAGCUGAGUCUCGCGUUGCCGCUGUUGCUACAUUAAGUGAUGGUCAACCACAAGUCACUGGACACGCUAGUGAACUUGAAUCAGCUAUCCCAAAAGCUUGUUCAUCAAAAAACAAUCUUAUAAUGACAUUAAAGAAAGGAAUGUUAUCGGAUUCAAAAGGCAGAGUUGGUGCUAUUGUUGCUAAUCGUCAAUUUCAAUUUGAUGGCCCACCACCACAAGCUGGUACAAUAUUCGCAGCUGGCUGGUCAAUUUCAAGUGAUGGCUACUUAACUUUGGGUGACUCGAAAGUGUUCUACCAAUGUUUGAGUGGUGAUUUUUACAACUUAUAUGACAAGAAUAUUGCAGCUCAAUGUAAUGCUGUUAAGUUGAAGAUCAUUGACUUUGUCGAUUGUUGA